AUGGGUGGUGCAGGGAUGACAAUUCCAGUGUCAUCACAGUCACAGAUCUUUCGCAAACACUUCAAUAUGAGUUGCAAUCUUCCAUCAAACAAUCAUGAUCGAGAAACAAACAGUAGUCUGCUGCAAGGAACAGCACCGCAUGAUGAUGAUGAAGCAGUAUUCCAGAUGACGACACCAAGAACUGCGACAGAGUUGGUCGACGAGUCCAUCGCCAUCAUCAACGAAACUGAAGAUCUGGAUGGGAUUAACACUUACAUAUGCGAUGGCGACUACACGCCCGAUCAAUUGAAUGGCGGUGACAACAGAAAUGGGGAUCUUCCAAAGCAAUAA